AUGGCCGGGGCAAGCGCGCAGCCCGCGUGGGCGCAGGCGCUCGCGGCGGUGGGCCUCCUCGUCGCGUCGCGCGCCGCGGUGCGCCUUGCGAUGUGGCUCUACGCGGCCUUCCUCCGCCCCGCCAAGCCGCUGCGCCGCCGCUACGGCGCCUGGGCCGUCAUCACGGGCCCCACCGACGGCAUCGGACGCGCGCUCGCCUUCGAGCUCGCCGCCGCGGGGCUCGGAGUCGUCCUCGUCGGCCGCAGCCCGGACAAGCUCGCCGCAGUCUCGAAAGAGCUCAGGGCUAGGCACCCCGGCGCCGGGGUGCGCACCUUUGUCCUCGACUUCGCGGCUGACGGGCUCGCCGCCAACGUGGCCACGCUCGCGGAGUCCAUCCGAGGCCUCGACGUCGGCGUGCUCGUCAACAACGCCGGCCACUGCUACCCGUACGCGCGCUACUUCCAUGAGGUUGAUGAGGAGCUCACGAGGAACCUGGUACGCCUCAACGUCGAGGCCCUCACGCGGAUGACGCACGCCGUGCUCCCUGGCAUGGUGCAGCGCAAGCGGGGCGCCGUGGUGAACAUCGGGUCCGGCGCUGCCACCAUGCUGCCGUCCGACCCGCUCUACGCCGUCUACGCUGCCACCAAGGCAUAUGUCGAUCAAUUCUCCCGGAGCCUAUAUGUUGAGUACAGGAACAAAGGCAUCGAUGUGCAAUGUCAGGCACCCUGGUACGUGGCGACGAAGAUGGCCUCGAUCAGGCACGCGUCCCUGUUCGCGCCGUCUCCGGAGACGUAUGCCCGCGCCGCCGUGCGCUACAUCGGGUACGAGCCCCGCUGCACGCCCUACUGGGCACAUGCCCUCGUGUGGUUCCUCAUCACCAUCGUCCCCGAGCCCAUCGUCGACAAGUAUGUCCUUGGUGUGUCCCUCGGCAUUCGUGACAAGGGGCGUGCCAAGGAGGCCAGGAAGAAAGCAAUGUGACAUGCAGCAUAGUGAAAGAAAUGCCCCGUACGCUCUCAAAGAUCGAUCUAGAUGAAACUUUGCAUUUAAAUUCUAUAUGCCAACUGUAACAAGACGAAUGAUCGCAUAACUACUUGUGUUGUCAAUCAUCUUAUCAUCGUGAUCAGUGUGUAUUGUGCUCGCAUGUACCUCGUUUCUUGGA